UAUCUCCAAAUGAAGCCCUUCUGCAGGCUCAGGCCACGUGCGUUGAAUAUCUCGGUAUUCCGGAGGCCCGUCUCGAGCAGUACAACAUUAGCGUCUAUCCGCCGGAUCGCGAUACCAUGUGCAUGAUUCGUUGCGCUGGAAUUGUUCUAGGAUUUUGGGAAGAUGAACAAGGUCUGCUCAUCGACGGGGCGAAGCAACUGUUCCCGGAUUCCGGCGAUGUAGACUUGGUAGCGCAGAAAGUCCUCCACUGCGCUGAACGGAAGCUGUUAUCUUGUGAUCCCGCGGAUGCUUGUGCCAGAGCCUACUACUCUUUCCGCUGUGCCAUGCGAAAGUUUGAACCUUCCAAUUCAGCUUUGUCUACAGACCAGAAGCUGACCCCAGAAAAGUUCCUCAAGGCACAGAUCGUCUGUGCCAACAUCCUCCGCAUUCCUCACGAUCAUCUGAAGCUGUACAACCAAGGAGUCUACCCGGACGAUGCGGAAACUCGAUGCCUGCUCGAUGCAUAG